GUAAUACGAAUUCAAAUCUACUCCAACAGCCGCGCCACCUGGAUCUCUCCGUUUUGUCUCCGUUUGUGCGUGCAUUUUUACCUGCAUUUUUGAGUGUUUCACGUUACGCGUGUGUACCGAUUUCACUAAUUAUCGCAAUUGUCGAUUCAAGGCUAAACCGCCACCAAAACUAAAGAAGCAAGAUGAUCUCCAACUUGGAUUUUACUGACAACAAGGCCAGCAGCAAGGUGCUGAGGGCUCCGGGCGGUGGAUCGAGCGACAUCUUCGGAUCGGAGAUGCCGCAGACUCCCAGGGGCUCUGUGAAGAAUCGCAUGGCCUCCAACAUAUUCGCUGCCGAGAAGGAUAAUGGAGUGAAAAACAACGUACGACAAGGAGCUCACAGAUUCUAUUUCAUUGGUGAUGCCCCACGCCGCGGCCAGAAGACCGUGGACUCGCACUCUCGGCUGUUUGGGGAGCCCACCCGCCCGAUCACGCCCGCCAAGAACCACAUGAAGAGCAGCAUUCCCUUUGGCCAGAACACAGAGGCAGCUGCCGCCCAGAAGCUGCUGACCACCAACGGCCACUACAACGGCAAGAGCGGAUCCGUGUCCUCGGCCUCGUCCUCGGUCUCGUCCUCGACCGAGAACCUCAAGAUGAACAGCGGCUCGAGAGGAGAGGGAAACCCCGUCACAGGUGAGGGCUACAAGCCAGGCGCAAACGACUUCCACCAGCGUGCCGACUCGGCCCAGGGAGGUACUCCGGUGAUCAACAAGAACCGUGUCCCACCAGGCGGCUACUCGUCGGGACUCUGGUAAUGACACUACACGAUGCUCAGAUCCCAGAAGCACAAGCAAUUUCGAGGGGGAAGCAACUGGAGGGCGGAAAGACCAUAAGAGAAAAAAACCUACAAAAUCAAACAAAAAAAAUAUUAAGAUCGUACUACCCAUAUAAUAUACUACGCAUUACCCUAUCCUGUACUCAAAGAUGAAUGGAGGAGAAACCGGGUCUGCCAACGAAUAUAUAAACACGAGGACAACUCAAUUGCUCAACGAUGUUAGGAUGCAUGGAACAUCAUCGAUGCAGUGCCCGAGAAACGAGAAUUAAUCAACCAACCACAUUUAAGAAGCCGUCGCACCACCCACACUACUACCAUUAGCACCACCACCACCACCAACACGGCCACCAACCACCAGCACGACCACCCAACCACCACCCCAACCACAGCCACUCCAUUGAAAAUCUGUAAUUUAAAUUCUUUAGUUUGAGUAAUUCCAUAAAAUGCCUGUUAUGCCCAACGUCUGCAUGUUGGGAAUGCGUUGGGGAUAGAGAUCUUGGUUAUAUAGAUCGACCAUCCACAGAGACCAUCCUAGGCGUGAGUGGGCCUCGUCGUCGUCGUCGUACGUGGGAAUAAGGAGUACGUGCGUAGGCAUCGGCUAAGGAUGAUGGGGAUUAUCGUUCGAUUCUUCGAUCAAGCAUACACUUUCGAUACGUUAAUUAUAGUUGCAUAUACUACACGCCACAUUUUAUAUUUAUAUUUAAACGAACCGCAUUCACACGAACACACACAUAUAUACAUACAUAAUAUACAUUGUAUUACAUUACAUUAAAUAUGUAAUUUAAACAGUACGCCUGUACGUACUAAUGUGCACGUACUAAUUAAGUGUAAAAAUACAAAAUUCAAGCGCGAAUCUUUGUUCAAUAAAAUUUUUCGUACAUAA